GUUCGUCCUGUGCCUGCACAAAGCCGUUCAACUUCGUAGCCAUGCCGCUGCCACAGAAACGGCUAUAAAUCUCAUAAUAGAUCUUCGACUUACACACAACUAUGAAGGUCAUCUCUGUACCCUCUCCAUUAAGUCUCUGGACAGCCGUACACUCGGUUGGCGUAUUCAAUGUCGCUGGUUCCUUUGUUGCAUUAUGGGCGUUCAUCAGGGUCCUAAGGGUCCGUCGCUGGCGAUUGAAGACGACUCAACUGCGCGGUCCGCCUCGCACCAGCUUCAUAUAUGGCGUUUCCCAUGACCUCGCCUCAUCUGAAGAUAGUGGUGGAAUGUAUGAACGCUGGGCGACAGAAUAUGGGGUGGCGUAUAUGAUUCCAAGCGUGCUUGGACAGACUAGAAUCGUGCUGUGUGACCCAAGAGCUAUAGCACAUUUCUACGCCCGAGAGACAUGGACAUAUGUGCAGACGCCCCUUUCGUUGGCAUUUCUGGAGACAUCAAUCGGCAGAGGGCUACUAUGGUCUGAGGGUGAAGACCACAGGAGGCAGCGGAAGGCCCUCACGCCAGCAUUCAGUAACGCAGCGAUUCGGAAACUCACAUCAGUGUUUUAUGACUCAGCAUACAAGGCCAAAGGCGCAUGGGAUACUGCUAUAGAAUCGAGCAAAGAUGGCGACGCUGUCAUCGAGGUUCAGAACUGGAUGAAUCAUAUAUCUCUGGAUACGAUUGGCAUUGCUGGUUUCUCCCAUGAUUUUGGCUCGCUCGAUGGAAAGCGAGCCAGCGUGACCGACGUGUUUGAUACUUUCGGAGCUAACCAACGGGCCUCAGCAGUGAACCGAAUUUUCAUCCUGCUCGCGUCAGCGUUUCCUAUCAUUAUCAAGAUGCCCACUAAGCGGACGAAUCUGUUCAAGAAACUUAGCGUAACCAUGGGGGAAAUAUCUAACGACUUGUUGAUUCAAAGCCGCCGUGAGAAGGAUGUGAAUAUGAGCGAGAGAGACGAGGAGAAGUCCAUCAUCGGAUUGUUGAUUAAAUCUGAAGGCCAGGACGCCGAGCUUCAUAUGUCGGAGGAGGAAGUAAUGGCUCAGAUGAAGGUCUUGCUUCUUGCUGGUUAUGAGACGACAUCUAUCAGUCUUACGUGGGCGCUGAUCGAGCUAUCGCGACAUCCCCGAUGUCCAAACCAGCCUGAGAGAUGAGCUGCUUGCGUUUGGCGCCGAUCCGACAUACGACCAAUUAAAGGCCAGCCUCCCAUACUUGGAUGCCGUUGUCCAUGAAAUUCUGCGCAUCCAUCCUCCGGUGGGAGAGUUCAUUCGUCUUGCAGCGGCAGAUGACGUUAUUCCCUUGAGUGAAUCUGUGCGCACAGAGUCCGGGGAAAUGACGGACAGUAUAUCGAUAGCGAAA